AUGCCCAAAUCAGGUAAGUGAGACGGCAAUCAAUGAUCUCAGUCACCAUUAGGCUCUACUGAUCAUAAAAAAGAAAAAGAUGGAACUGGCACUGGCACCGGUAAUGCAGGUAGUACGUAAGUCACCUUUAAACAAUUAAGCUAUCUUUUAGGGAGAAUGCUGGCUCUGAGUUGAAGAAAUCGUCGAAGUCAAGUCGGAUAUCGAAGGCAAAGAAGGCCUCCGGCGAGACAAUGUCCAAAGAAGGGUCGGGAAAGUCAUCUGGUCGAUCGAAGAAGACCAUAAAGGCUCCAGAUGAAGACAAGUUCGAUAAAUUAAAGAAAGAACUGGAACAAGAAAGAAAGACCGAUAAGGAAAAGGAAAAGAUCAAGUCGAAUAAGGAAAAGGUAUACGGUAAUUUUAAAAAAAAUUGUUUAGAAGUCCAAGAAGUAUAAUCUCGAUAAAACUCAAUGGGAAAAUACGGAAUGGAAAUCACAAUACGAUAAAUAUCUGAAAGGUAAUGAAGGUCAUAACGAUGAUUGUAACGGUAGUGUAGGUGAAUUUCCGGAUGAGGAGAACAAAAAAAAAUCCGAGACUUCCCAGCAGCAGUCGAUGAACAACAACAAUCUCCUUGCCUCUCAUUAUGUGCCUGGAGAGAACUUCCAAGGGGCCAAAGAAAAGGGUGCUUAUCUUCUCGACUUCCCUCUCUUUUCUCUGAUCCUUUCCGUUAUCGAGUUUGUAAGUCAUCCCAAGGAAUAAUCAAAACUUUCGUUUAGAUUCUGUAUCUGGUUCUCUUUAUUUUGGCGAUUUUAACGGCAGGAGAACAUAUUUUUAUCGUCAUCAUCUUUCUCGUGAAUUCGUUGGUCUUGAUGAUUUUAACUGUGGCCUCUGCUUUGGUCCAAUAUCGCCGAUGGCAUGUGAAAAGUGAUGUUGAUUUGAAUGGACACCUCGAGUUUACAAUCAAACCAUCGUUCAGAAGAAUUGUAAGUGUCGAAUUCUAAAUGCAAAACUCUGUUUCCAGUAUGCUUCAUUCCACUUUGGUCGUCUUUGGAUUUCGUUUUCUUGUACCUUUACCUUGUUAUAUUACAUUGUAAAUGGUGACAAGUUGACCGAAUUACACACGGUUUCCUUCUACUCCCAGUCUCCCAUCGGAUUGUUGACGGCCUUGGUCGUCAGCCUGCUGGCUGAAGUUUUCAUUCUAGUCCAACUUUUUUUCUUUUUCAAAAAUCGGAUGACCAUUACUUCUUGCCGAAAAUAA